UUAUCUAAUCUUCAAAUGGUUUACACUUGCAGCUUUCUUAUCAAAUUGUUGACUCUAUGAUUUGGCUUGGUAUCCGAGAUAUGAUAAAUGAAUUUAGGAAGAAGAAGCUGAAGUUGCGUCCGGUAACAUACCUAAGUGGUGCACAGGGUUCUGGGAAUGACAUUCCUCAUGGUUACAUCUGGAGUCCUCACCUUGUUCCAAAACCGAAAGAUUGGGGCCUCAAGAUUGAUGUUGUUGGAUUUUGCUUUCUUGAUCUUGCUUCCAAUUAUGUGCCUCCUGAACCACUUAUAAAAUGGCUUGAAGCUGGUGACAAGCCCAUAUACGUUGGGUUUGGUAGUCUUCCAGUUCAAGAUCCAGCAAAGAUGACUGAAGUCAUUGUCAAAGCACUUGAAAUAACUGGACAGAGAGGUAUCAUCAACAAAGGUUGGGGUGGGCUUGGAACAUUGGCAGAGCCAAAAGAUUUUGUAUAUCUACUUGAUAACUGCCCCCAUGACUGGCUCUUCCUGCAGUGUAAAGCAGUGGUACAUCAUGGCGGUGCUGGAACAACAGCUGCUGGCCUCAAAGCAGCGUGCCCUACAACUAUUGUACCUUUCUUUGGCGACCAACCAUUCUGGGGAGACCGAGUGCAUGCUAGAGGGGUAGGGCCUCUACCUAUACCAGUUGAUCAAUUCAGCUUGCGAAAAUUGGUUGAUGCUAUAAAUUUCAUGAUGGAGCCAAAGGUGAAAGAAAAAGCCGUGGAGCUUGCCAAGGCCAUGGAAUCUGAAGACGGUGUGUCAGGUGUAGUCAGGGCAUUCCUCAGACAUCUACCUUUAAGGGCAGAGGAAACAACACCUCAGCCGACAUCCAGCUUCCUGGAAUUCUUAGGUCCAGUAAGUAAAUGUCUUGGUUGCUCAUAG